AUUGCAAUCGCAAAUGAAGCAUUCCUCAUAAAUAAAAGCGAAUUCUGAGUCUUCCAUUCAAAGUUCUGCUACAUAUGAGUAUGGUGGAUGGAUGGAGCUUUCUAGAUCCUGGAGUGUUUUUAUAUAUAAUAUAGCUCAAGCAACCUAUCAACAAACAGACAAACGACGAUGGUCUUUGAAAACAAAAUUCCCCAUGGAAGCAAAUAUCACCGCCGACGGUUGCACGGCCUUUGUUCCUCUUAGUGCUGCUGGCAAGGUUCUUGAAUCUACUUAUCUGAACUAUCGCUACUCUUGACCUAGGCAAGAAUUAGUAUCCCAAGGAUAAAUCAUUCGAAUCAACAAGUCUUUGGGACCCAUCUGAAUCGUGUAAACAGCUCCAAGUCAAAUCUGAUCUUCAGUACGUCUAUCAUACAUUCAGUGUUAUUAGUCCAUAUCCAUGUUUGAUUCAAUGGUGGGAGCAACAGUUUCGCGUCAAGGCCAAGACUACUCCAAAGUGGAAGGGAUGCCAAGUUCCUCUUGGUUCAGUCAAGGGAUUGUGGGGUGUCAAAAGAAGUCCACGGGCUAAAUAAUGGCACUCUAAGCCUCUGAACGAGUUGGAGGCUCAUGCCAAGAACCUCUUUUCGAAUGAAAUUUCCCCUUCUGAAGCUCCUCUCCCGACACGUCUUGCCUGAAUUGUGGACUUGAAAUGGCAUGUUUGGUUGUGUUUGGAAUAUCAGAGGAGACGGCGGACGGAAGACGGAAAUUCAAAAUCCUCUCUUUUCGCCAACGACAAAAAAUGAGAGUUUCCUUCAAUCCCGACGCCUUUGUGAGAGAGGCACGAGAAAGUUUCAUCUGGAGCCGCAAUUCACGUCAUUGAAUUUGGAGAUGGCACCCCGAGCACUUGCCUAGAGUGACAAGAUAUGUGACAAUAAGGUGCCUUUAUGAUGAUGAGAAUGGAACAAAGCCAAUGAAGACGGAGGAACGAACACACGCAUAACGCCGGGUUUCAAACCGGGAAAGGAACGCGAGGAAAUUUCCAUAAAGCAACAUACGUACUUACAGUAGACUCUGUGAAUGGUUAGGUGUGGCAGAACACGCUAUGACAUCAAACUUGGACCCCAUCUAGCCCAUUGUCGACAUGGGUGGUGCUAUUUUUCUUUUUUCAGUCCUACGUAGAAUUGUUUUAGUUUCUAUUAUUCGUAAAGUGGAAUUGAAGAUUGUUCGUUUGGCCUUUGGAGCCGUCUCAAUCCGUUUGGUUGGUCCUAAUCGAUUUGAAGCGAGUCUUAAUGCCCAAACUACUAGGUAUGAACCUGGGACCUUCGAAGGCCGUUUAAGCAGCGCAAUGAAUAUGACCCAACACGCGGGUCUCCUAAAGGUCACUCUGGGCCUUAUCUUGGUUUGUCAGUGCAUUAAAGACACUUGCUCAAUGGCUGAUCAUUAUCAGGACCAUCGUGUUCAUCGCCGACACACGCCAUUCUUGCCCGAAGACCAUUGGAAAGGCCGUCCAGAUUUUGGUACGACCAACACAAAUGUCACGGUCAUGGUGAAUGGGACUGCCGAUCUCCGAUGUCCAAUCAGUCACAUUAUGGAUAGUUCGCUCUCUUUUGUUCGCCGUAAGGACUUCCACAUCCUCUCCAAUGGACACACCUUGUUCACCAAUGAUCCCAGAAUCGAGAUCAUCCAUCGUGCCAAAACCAUUGAUUGGAUUCUGAGGAUCAAACAAGCCUCGUUCCAAGACAGCGGGAAUUAUGAUUGUCAGGUCUCCUUGAAAUCGGGGUCCCACACCCUCCCAUUCCAACUCCAUGUGGUUUCACCCAGAGCCGUGAUUUCAGGCUCAUCAGAAUUCCAUUUGGACCGUGGUUCCACACUCUCGCUUAAUUGUGCCGUCAAUCAAGCAACCACAGACACACAAUUUGUGUUCUGGUACCACGGCGGGCGGAUGAUCAAUUAUGACAAGAGUGAUCGCGUGUCGGUCCAAACUCGAUCCACAGAGGACAAAAAGCAAACAAAUUCCAACCUAGUCAUUCGAAAUGCCGAUCCUUCGCAAUCUGGAAACUACACUUGUCAACCAUCGAACGCAAUUGGAGCUUCAAUUCAAGUCUUUGUGUCUGAAGACCGACACUCUGAGCCCUUGCUCCGACCGGACGCCAAGGAUUCCCCCAAUCCAGGAAAGUUGGGCCAUCCCGUGGGGAAUAAAGGUCACUUGAAUAAUGGAGCUGGUAUGACGAUCUUGUGCCUCGUCAUCUGGUUGUGCCAAUCAUUCGUCAUGGUGUUCUCUGGUUCUUCAUAAGGCGAGGAAAGCAAAAAAAAGUGUCUUAACCCAUCCACAACCUCGAAGGCUCCUCCUUUAAUGAGAACGGAACUGCCAACCUCGACCAGUUUGAGGGCUUCGACUCAAUUUAUGGAAUUCAUAAGACCCGGAUAUCUUGGCAUACAUUGACCAAGUCAAUCCCAAGUCAGAAGGAAUCCAUUUACUUUGGUCUCUAAGACGGAUUCCAUUUUCGUCUACGAUUAGACCUCAAGGAUCUAUUCACGCUACCUUAGUUUCUUAUACCCAUAUAUUCCCCAUAUAUUGCGAACAACUAUCCCAAUGCAAAUGAAUAAAUACUUACGAUAAAUCU